AUGUCCAUUCGAGCAGUUAACACCCGCUCCCUCUUCCUCCCUUCUCCCCCUUCACUCUCCUCCGUCCCCCGUUUUUUCCCUUCCUACCGCCGUCUCACCGCCGUCCGCUUCCCUCCUCCCACCCCCUCCUGUCAUGGCUGCCAAAGACGCUCCAUCCAAAGCCUCUUCGAAAGCGUCAUGGAAGAGCUCAAAUCCAUACGCAAAAGCCGCAAAAAAAUCGUAUCCGUUAAUGCUUCAUCUUCCAAUGUGGAACUGUUGAACGAAGAGCUUAUUGAAGAUAGACUUUUGAACCGUUCAUUGGAAAAAGGUUUGGUUUUGGAAUUCAAGAAAGAUUCUGAUAGAAUAUUGUUAGCAGUUGCUCAGAGACCUGAUGGCAAGAAGAACUGGAUGGUUUUAGAUCAGAAUGGUGUCACUAGUUCCAUCAAGCGGCAACAAGUGACAUAUAUUGUUCCUGGUAUAUCCAAUUUUGACCAUGCAGAGAUCACAGCCUUUGUUCAGAAAGCUCAGGACAACAUGGACCCAUCACUACUUGAAUUUGCUUGGUCUGAGCUACUGGAAAAGAAUAAGACUGUGACAGUUGAAGAGAUGGCUGAGAUAAUUUUUGGCAGUGCUGAGCCUCUUGAGAAUUAUUCUGCUCAUCUCUUGCUAUCAAAAGACGAAGUAUACUUUACCGUAGUCAAGACUACAGGAUUGCGUCGUGUUUAUGGACCUCGACCAAAUGAGCAGGUUGAGGAGCUUAUUCGUAGGAAGGUUGCAAAGGAGGCUGCUGAGAAAGAAUUUCAGGAGUUUAUUGAACUGUUGGGCUCUGCAAAAUCAAUGCCUUCGCAAGAUAAACCUCACAAAUCUUCCUGGAAGGAUAAUGAGAAAAUUUGGAGCAGAAUUAAGUCACUCGAAGCAUAUGCUAUUGAUGAUUGUAGAAGUGAUGAACAAAGAAAAACAGCUGGGAUGAUACUAAGGGAAAUGCGUCUGGAAAAAACAGCAGCUUCUGCUGUAAAUCUCUUGAUAGAUAUUGGGUAUUUUCCUGUACAUGUCAAUCUUGAUUUGUUGAAGUUGAGUAUUCCCACUGAUCACUUGGAAAAGAUCACCUCAGCUGCUCAAAGUCUUCUAUCAGACUCAUCUGAUCCAGAUGAGAUUAACAGGAAGAACCUUACUAACCUGAAGGUCUACGCCAUUGAUGUUGAUGAAGCUGAUGAGCUUGAUGAUGCUCUGAGUGCAACAAAGUUACAAGAUGGUCGAAUUAAAAUUUGGAUACAUGUUGCAGACGCAACGAGAUAUGUUCAACCUGGAAGUAUUAUGGAUAGGGAGGCUAUGAGAAGAGGAACUUCUGUUUUUUUGCCCACCGCUACAUAUUCUAUGUUUCCAGAAAAUCUUGCUAUGGGAGGUAUGAGUUUGAGACAAGGGGAGCUUUGUAAGGCUGUUACUGUAUCAGUUGUGCUGCAUGACGAUGGCAGCAUUGCAGAAUGUUCAGUGUUCAACUCCGUGAUUAAACCAACAUACAUGCUAACAUAUGAGAGUGCGUCAGAGUUACUCCAUUUGAACCUUGAAGAGGAGGUUGAACUUAGAACUUUGUCCGAGGCUGCAACUCUUCGGUUAAAGUGGCGCCGCCAGCAGGGUGCAGUUGAGACAACAACAAUAGAAAGUCGCAUCAAAGUGUCUAAUCCAGAGGAUCCAGAGCCAUCAAUAAACCUUUAUGUGGAAAACCAGGCAGACCCUGCAAUGCGACUAGUCUCUGAGAUGAUGAUACUUUGUGGUGAAGCUAUUGCUACAUUUGGAUCUAAGAAUAGCAUUUCUUUACCCUACCGAGGACAACCCCAAUCAGAUUUAGAUCUUUCUGAAUUUUUCCACCUUCCAGAAGGGCCUGUUAGGAGCUUUGCCCUAAUCAAGAUAAUGCGUGCAGCUGAAUUUGAUUUCAGGCAGCCAGCACGCCACGGGAUUUUGGGAGUCCCUGGCUAUGUUCAGUUUACCUCUCCCAUCCGUAGAUAUCUGGACCUUCUUGCUCAUUAUCAGCUAAAGGCAUUUCUUAGAGGUGAGUUACCGCCUUUUACCCCUAGUGAACUUGAAGGGAUAACAGCCAAUGUAAAUGAGAAAGUUAGAGCAGCGAGGAAGCUCAGCAACAGCAGUCUCCGCUACUGGAUAUUAGAAUAUUUCCGAAAACAACCAAAAGAGAGAAGAUACCGUGCUUUGGUCCUUAAAUUUUUUAAAGAUCGGAUUGCAGCUCUGUUAUUGGUUGAGGUUGGCUUUCAAACUUCUGCUUGGGUCUCAGUUGGAAUACAGAUAGGGGAUGAAGUAAUGGUUGAGGUUGAACGAUCACAUCCACGUGAUGAUAUUAUUCAUGUAAAGGAGGUUGAAAGACCUUAA